AUGUCUCAUUCUCCAACCGACAUUCCCUCAACAUCCGAAAAGGAAAUGGAGUCAACCCCAGAAAAGCCGCCUAAACAGGCCUGCGACAAUUGCCGUCGACGCAAAAUCAAGUGUUCUAGAGAGCUUCCAUGCGACAAGUGCCAGCGUCUUCUUCUCUCCUGUUCCUACAGCGACGUGCUCCGUCGCAAGGGCCCCAAGUUCCGCACGCUCUACCCUCUCGCUCCCAUCCAUCCACUCGCCUCACGACCACGUCCUCUCACCAAGGAAUGGCUGCCCCCAAACCCAGGGGCUUGCCAUUUGGCGUCCCCGACGUCUCCGCCGUCCACCGUAGCGGACGCCCAGUAUCUACAUCCAGACUUCUCGGAGUCGUUCACUCGACUACCACCCCCAGAUCUCGUCUCCUCUCCCGACUCGACAAACUCGCUAUUCGACUCGUCCACUAUCGGCGCACUCCCCGCGCCACGCCGUCUGUCGACGCCAAACCUUCUAGCCCAUGUCAAUGUCUUCCUCAAGUACCUGUUCCCGAUCAUGCCCGUCGUGAGACAGGACCAGCUGCAGCAGGACUGCCACCAGCCGGAGCGCUUGUCUCCCCAACGCUACGCUUUCAUUGCCGCUCUAUGCGCGGCCACGCACAUCCAACUGAAGCUGGACGGUGCAGCACCGGGUCCCGAGGCGGCUUCCGCGCGAGCCAGCCUCGACGGACAUCCUAUGUUGUCGGGAGAAGAACUCCUGGCUGAAGCCGUGCGCGCAAGAAAGGAAUACAACGUGGUCGACGAAAUUAACAUGGAAAACCUCCUAACCUCCUUCUUUCUCUUCGCCGCCUACGGAAACCUAGACAGACAGGAUCAGGCCUGGUUCUACCUAUGUCAGACCACGUCCAUGGUCUUCACACUAGGCCUACAACGGGAAUCCACAUACUCGAAACUAAGCGUCGAGGAAGCAGAAGAGAAAAGGAGAGUAUUCUGGCUCUUAUUCGUCACAGAAAGAGGCUACGCAUUACAACAAGCAAAACCAGUCAUGCUCCGCAACUCCAUCCACAAACCACAGGUCCUGUGCUCAGACGACCCAAUCCUAGCCUACGGCUUCAUCAACCUCAUCAACGUCUUCGAAAAGCUCAGCCCAAAUCUCUACGACUGGGUCUCCGCCGGCGGCAGCAGCGCAGACGGCGACCCCCCGCCUACUUCUUCUAUCCAAUCCAGUCUCGCCAAGCAAAUCUCCCUCGAGGGCGUCUCCGAGAUCCAGAAAGUAGACAUCCUCAUCACUCAGCAAUGGCUACAAACCAUGAUGUGGAAACUCUCCAUGACCCACGUCACACAGCCCGGCUCUCGCGAUGACGCCGUUCUCCCCUUCCACCUGCCCGUGCUAGUCGGCAAGGCCGUCAUGGGCGUCAUCGCCGCGGCAUCCCAAGGUGCUGUUGACGCUCAUGGUAUCGGAAUGGAACAAAAACUCUACGACCUCGGCACCUCCGUAGCCGACGUCUCCCGCUCCCUAAGCACAAAAGCCGCCCACCACCUCGCCGAAUCGACCAUCGACCCCCGAGAACUCCUCUGGGGCAUUCUCACAACCCUAUCCCGAAUCCGCGGUUCCCAAUCAUACCUCUUCCCAGCGCUCGUCGAGCAAAGUCGAGGCAUCAUCAGUUUCGACUGUUCGCUUUCCAUCAGUGACUUUCUGCCUUCGUUUGGUGGGCCGCCGGCUAUUAUGUGGCGGACGGGUGAAUCUGGGUUUGAUUUAUUGGGGAUCGCGGAUGAUUUGCAAGAGAGGGAGAAUGAGGGUGGGGAGGGGAUUGUGGUGGCUGGGGAGGAGAUUUCGUUUUGA